UUCCCUGUAAGAACUAAAAAUGCAUGUUUUUUCUCCCCGAUAUUUUUCAGGCGCUGAUUUAACUUCCUGACUUCUCUCCUCGCUGUCUCUCCUCUCUCUUUUGUGUUCUGUUUCUCGUCUUUUUCUUCUAUUCUUCCCUCGCUCCGCUCCCUCUUUUCCCUUCUAAUCGGUGUUGUUAUUGUUAUCGGGCAUUUUUCGGUCGCCUUAUCUCCUUACUAUACCAACACCACCUCCCAGACAACCAUUCUCAGCCCUCGAACGUGUCUUACUUAUGAGUGUCUUGUUUCAAUUUUGAUACCCCCAGGCUCCCAGAGCUUAAACGCCCCUUGCUUUUGUCUUACAACACGCCAGCCUCUCGACUCGUGCUCGGGUUCGGGUAAAAAAGGGGGAUACUUAUCAACAACCCGCUCCUGAAACCACUCAACUUGCUUUCCGCUUGAAUUAUCCUUAAUCACGCCAAAUCGGCAGAUAUUAUUAUUCAUAAUGGGUCCGCGAGAUAAUGCCCCUCCUGUCUCCCACCGACGCCGCCCGUCCCUAUCGUUCAAACCCCGACCGCGGUUCGCGACCGUCUCAGCAGUAUCUACCACCUCGACCUCGGCAUUUGGACACGACUCGUGGAAUGACUUGUCCCUUGUGGACUCGGGAGAUGCUAUGGCAGAUACCGUUUUGGAAGAUGUGAACCACUUCCCCGAGCCGGCCCAUCGGCGUCGCGGGGCAAAGAGCUUCUCGAAUCUCCGCCACCCGGUGGAUGGACUGCGCGCACUUGGCCGCCGUCUGUCAGUUACGCUCCGCGACAAGUCAUCGCGCACGUUCACUCAUGCCGAUCAUCAUGGGGGUACCCACGAUGGCCAGGAGCAUAACUUCAAUCGCCGCAACAGUGUUCCUCACGGUUUCUCGAUCCCGCUUCCAAUUCCCGGCAAUGGAUUGGAGCCUCCAGUCCUGCCCAACCAUAUCUACUCCGGUGCUGCCGCUCGCGCUGCUGCGGCGGCUCAAAAUGAAAUGGUACGCAGGGUGGAGCAUAUGAAGCUGACCCCAGACUCGGAGAGUGGCAUUGGCAUCGUUCUACAGGAUCGUGCUGAUUUUUCGCAUUUCGAAUCGGACCUCGUUCGUCGUGACCCCUUGGCGUUCUUUCCCACCGAAAUCAUGUCCCAGGUUCUCUCAUAUCUCGAUCCUGAGUCUUUGAUGAGGAGUGGAUUGGUUUCACGUGCUUGGAGCGAGCAGGCCUCCUCCCAGCAUAUUUGGCGUCAUGUGUUCCGCACUUGCUACGCUAAACGCCGCCCUGCAGAUGUUGGAGCUAGGAAAGCUCCCUCUGCUGGACUCAGCAAGGAUACAUUUAAUCAGGACUGGAAGAAGCUCUACCUCGUCCGCCGUGCCUUGGAGAAUCGGUGGAAGGAGGGCAAAGCAGCAGCAAUCUACCUUCAGGGACACACAGACAGCGUAUAUUGUGUCCAGUUCGAUGAGGACAAGAUCAUUACUGGCUCCCGCGAUCGGACAAUCCGCGUCUGGGAUGCUCAUUACCCAUGGCCGUGCCGUAAGAUUAUUGGGCCGCCCCCUGCAGACGUCUCCUAUAGCGGUCCGGUUCAGGAUAUGGAGCAGCAGGCGUCGGGAAAGUCGCCCUUUCUUACCGUUCGCCCUUCUCCCACUCCUGUCGCUGAGAUCGUGGAUCCGCAGCAAGGACCAGAAGAGUACCAUACUGCAUCUGUCUUGUGCCUCCAGUUUGACGAUGAAAUUAUGGUCACCGGGUCUUCUGACUAUUCCUGUAUUGUCUGGGAUAUCAAGAACGAUUACCGACCAAUUCGUCGCCUCGAGGGACAUACGGCUGGCGUGCUGGACGUCUGUUUUGAUGAUCGCUAUAUUGUCUCUUGUUCUAAGGACCACACGAUUUGCGUUUGGAAUCGGCAGACCGGGGUUUUGGUGAAAAGCCUGCUCGGCCACCGCGGACCGGUCAAUGCUGUCCAGCUACGUGGCGACCUGAUCGUCUCUGCCAGUGGAGAUGGUGUCGCCAAGUUGUGGAACAUUGCAUCUGGUCUGUGUGUCAAGGAGUUUGCUAGCAAGGACAGGGGCCUUGCGUGUGUUGAAUUCAGCGACGAUGCACGGACUGUUCUCACCGGUGGGAACGACCAGGCGAUCUAUCAGUUCGAUGCCAAUACCGGCCAGCUGGUUAAAGAGAUCGAGGGUCACACCGGAUUGGUUCGGUCCCUGCAUCUCGAUAGCAUGAACCAGCGGAUUGUUAGUGGGAGCUACGAUACAAGCGUCAAGGUCUUUGACACUCAGACCGGAAAAGUCACGAUUGAUUUCCCCGGCUGGACUACCAGCUGGAUGUUGAGUGUGAAGUCGGAUUAUAGACGGAUUCUGGCUACAAGCCAGGACUCCCGUGCGGUUAUUAUGGACUUUGGAUAUGGCAUAGACGGCAUAGAUUUAUUGGAGGAGUAGACAGCAUCUACAUUAGAUCUUUUGAAUUCUCGUGCGGGACCUGAGAAAAGUCAUAGAGGUUUGUUAGAUCAUUUGUCUUAUCCAUCUGUUGGAUUUUUGUUUUCAAUUGGCUAGCGAUAGAGAUAAUCUCUUGGCGU